UGGCAGCACUGACCGCACUGACUGCAACAGUCUGGAAGCGCUCGUUGCACGGGUUGUUCCGUGGAAGUGCACAAGGGUUAUUUUAUACGUCAAAAUUAUCAAAACACCUGGUAUCCGUACAAAAUUAAGUCCUUGACACACAGCAUGAUUGAAAGUAUUUCUUCGAACAAGAAAUCAAAAAUUUAAUUGAAGAGUUAAUAUUAGGAAUAAAUACAUGAACCAUCGGAAUAUACUUUUAUAGACAGGAUCACGGAUAGUCAAGUAUAGAAUGGCAUUGAUUCGUGGAUUACGUACUAUAUCCGAAAAGGUCUUAUUUCCGCCUUUUAAAAACGUGUCUCGAGCUAUCAAUGCUGAGAGUUCCGUUGCCCCUCUCGUCCGAACAACCUCCACGAUGCAACCUCUUUGUCAAAAACAAGAAGUGACAGUUACAUUUGUUAGGACUAAUGGGGAACGAAUCGAGGCAAAGGGUAAAGUUGGAGACACUUUACUCGACAUUGUUGUUAAUAACAGCGUCGACUUGGAUGGCUAUGGUGCAUGCGAAGGUACCUUAACAUGCAGUACUUGUCACUUAAUAUUUCCAAAAGAAGUAUAUGACUCGCUUCCAGAGAAACCAACUUUAGAGGAAAUGGACAUGCUUGACUUGGCAUAUGACCUCACAGAAACGUCCAGAUUGGGAUGUCAGAUAACGAUGACAAAAGAACUCGACGGACUCGAAGUAAGAGUACCAGCAACGAUAAAUGAUGCAAGAUCUUAGCAAACCCGUUUGUAAUUUCCGGGAAGUAACGAAUAACACUAGAAUCCAGCUGUACAACGUAUCAUAAAUGGGCAGUGCCCAUUUAUAGGUGAAUUUCUAUCAACGAAGGAUAUAGGACUGAAUCAUUUCAAAGUGGAUAUAAUAUUAUGUACAUACUGAGUCACUCUUUUAACUGCAAACCUUAUAUUUGUUUUAUCCACUCUUUACCAUGCCAGCUUAAGAGAUAUAUCUGUACUAAAGAUACGUUUUAACGUAUAUUUAUCUAUGCAAUAUUGUUAAUAAGUGCCUACAAUUAUAGGAAAGGUAUGAAAUGUUUGUGGCAUGGUGUGUUCACAGAAUGUUUUGACAAAUCAUGUCCUAUCAGGUGCAUGGAUGUUGUAUAGACUGAAUAGUUUUUGAUGCAGAAGUGCAACUAUGAAAAACUAAUUCUAAAAAAUGAUUAAACAAACUAAUAAAUUAGAAGAAAAGUA